UAAUCGCUCGGCCUGACAGCGAUCGCCUCUUCCUACUCUCUCUUCCUCGAUUCCUUCACAAUCUGCGUCGUAGGAGCUACGUUGUGUGUGAAUUAGAACUCUUCGUCGUAGAAUUUGUGUCGUAUUGUCACAAAAAUGGCCGCGUCUUGUUCUAUAUAGCGUUUUUGGGGUGUAUCGGCGUGCGUGGAAGCGGAGCAGAGCUUUGCAGAUUGCUGUGUUGAAGUCGGUGUGUCGUGUGUUCUCCCUCUUGCCGAGUGGCCCUGCACAUUCCUUUUGUAGAUCUGAGAUGUCCAUUAAUGACAUUUCGACUUGCCUCAAAGGAGGUAAGAGCUGCGGCGGUGGACGAGAAGAGGAUGCGAGCAACUUGCUAUGGUGCCAGCAUUGUGGUAUAGCCUUAUGCUUUGACUGUGACACAUACUUGCAUAACUUAAAGAGCUCCAAACACGGGCAUCUUCGAGUUUUGCUGCCUGCUUCACGGACUGCGUCGGUGCGAAAAUGUGAACAUGGGCUAGAUGGCGGCAGCAACGUGCGCAUUGAUUUGAUUCAGAAACCUUCUCUCUCUAAGAAGAAGAACAAGAAGAGAGCUUCGAAAAGUAAGGUGAGAGGUUCCUCUGCAACCUCUAAUCCAGAGACAGGACGCAGAUCUGCUUCUUCUCAAACCGAUAUAUCAGAUGGGGGGUUUGCGAUCACGUUAUGCGAUGUUGGAGAUCUUACCGUCCAAGAGUCGGAAACAUCUGAUUCCUCAUCAGAUGCGCUCUCUUCGUAUUGCGAGAAAACGGCGUCGAGCUCGUUGAAACUUCGAAGGUCUGCCUUACGAGGUGGGCAUGAGGAAGCCGGUCUGGGGCCACGUCCAAAACUGUAUGUGACUUGGCAUCCAGAUGUAACUGAUCCUAUAUGCAGUAUAGUUUCACAUACUGUUGGACAUAGACAUGGUCCUGCUUUCUUGUCACGUCGAAGUCAACAAAAGCACAUGCGUCAGAAAAACAAAUCCUCGUCGAAGUCUCAGGCUCGAGCGAAGAAGCAGGAGAAAAAGCUCAAGAAGAGCGAAGUUGUACAUACUGGGUCUGAACUGCCAUGCGAUUCCAUGAUGAACCGGGAGACAGAACCUGAAUCAAGUAAAGUAUCAAGCCCCUGUACCAACGAGAAGUCGACUGAUUGUACAAGGAGCUGUUGUGCAUAUUGUAUAGACGGACAGAGCUUAUGUGAUUGUGUACAUAUGCCCUGCAAGAGCAAUGAUCGUAACCUAAAACCCACACUUCCUAAGGAUGUCAUAAACUCAGAAAAUCACACCGACAAAAUUGUUCAAGAUCCGAGCACGAUGGAAGUGGAAGAGCAGAAGUCCAUGUUAGCGACUGAAGAUGGGAGUCGUAAUGAAACUCUCCCAGAGGACUACCGCCGACUGCUUGCAAGCAUGCUUCAUGCUGCCACAUCGCUCGGACAGAAUCAGUCAUCCAAUGCUAAUACGAAAUAUGAAGCAGUUGCGGGGCUUUUCAGGGACAUGGAGAUGCAUGCUUCUGGUGCCAACUUGUCCAGACCUGAAGUGGUGUUUAAGCAAUUAACACGAGACAAAAUCUCAGCGUGGAUCUCUGUUGUCUGAGUGGGUGGAGGAUUGUGAUUACUUUCAUGCGACGUAGAUUAGGAUGCGGGAAGUGCAGGUGCUAGCAGAGGAAAAUACCAGUAGUAUGCAUUUAUAUUUCGAUGUAUACAGGUGAAUGCAGCUUAUACUUUGCUAGCUCGGAGUAUCACAUAUAUGGACACAUUCUCCUUUUCAAGUAUUCCACAAAUUCUGAAUGAUUUUUUUGAUGUC